ACAGGCGUUAAACCUGAUAUGGAGUUAAAAACGAGACGCAGCAGUAUGGAUGUGGGAUGUCGCCUUACAGGCUGACUCCGUCCCGGACUGGGGAUCGAAUCUGACAAGGAGUCAAAACGCUCGAUUAGAUGGAGGUGUCUAAAAACAAAAGAAAUGUGGUAGUGUAUAUCUUUACAGCGCGGUUUACAGUCAAUGAUGUAGCCUGAGGAUCAAACCACCGCAGGUUGAACACUCUCCGGGCAGAGGUGGAGAAAGGCAUGCGACAACAGGAAGGAGGUUGACGUGAUUUCCGCAGGCUCAGACCGGGGAAAGUUGCUUCCUGAAGUUGACGCUGCGCCGCUGACCGGCUCCACACUAAAGCCAGAAAAGAAGAAAAAAAAAAAAGCCACAAAAAAAUGACAUCGUCAAGUUCGUCGGACUGUUGGUAGUCGCAGUUUCCCUCGGCGGUCCGCCGGCGGUGAGCUGUCUGCGGCGGGGCGAUGAGCUCCAGGAGUGAACACGCAGAGGCGAGCCUCCAGGCCCAGCUAGCCGAGUGCCAAGCUCAGGCCGAACACUGGCAGGGAGUGGCGACGAUCUGUGAGCUGAGCAAACAGGAGGAACUGGCAGAGCUGCAAAAACAAUGUGAUCAAGAGAUCCAGUCUCUGCAGGAGGCUCUCAGAGAGACAGCAGCGCAGUAUGAGGCCAGAAUCGCUGUUCUCCAGUCUCAGACCGUGGAGUGGAGGAGAGCCAGUGGACAGAACAUGAUCGGUGGAAGGAAAAGCAGGAUGGAUGCUGAAGUCUCCAGUAUCGAAUCCUCAACAUCGAUCAACAACAGCCUGGUAGAGGCCGAAGCGACGGCAUCGAUGGAGAGGAUGCACAACCGAUCAACAGAGCCCGAGGCAGUGGCAGAAGGAGAAGGGACUGCGCUCACGACAGAGGGGUAUUUUUCACUGCGGAACUGUGACUCGGCCUCGUUGUCCUCCUUCUCCUUGGACACGCCCUCCCUGCCCAGAAGACAGCACGCUCAGGAAGACACAGACUCACUGGUGUCCACGGGAACUUUGGUGCCCGAAGCCAUUUACCUGCCGCCGGCUGGACACCGGCUGGUCACGCACAGCGACUGGGAUGCGCUCAAUGCUCAGGUGUCGGAGCUGCGAGGCGAGGUGAGUCGACUUGAGGCUGAGAAGGAGGAGCUGGAGAAAGAGCUGGACACACAGACCAAUCACACACAAAAACAGGUGACCAUGCUCCAGUCUCAGGUGCAGACUUCAGAGACCCUCCUCCAGGAUUUGCAGAAAUCUUUUAGCCAAUCACAGAAUGCGGUCCAGAGCCGACUGGCAGAGUUUUCGUUUUCUCAGAGGAAGAUGUGCAACGAGCUGUCCAGACUGAAGGGAGAAGACGUUGAGGACGAGUUACUGGACUCCGGCUCUUCAUUCCCAGCAACACUGCAGGGGGCGCACUGUGAGGAGCGCCUUCGCAUUGAGAUCGUCAACCUGAGGGAGCAGCUGGACACCCGGGCAGAGGAGAACGAGGUUUUAGAAGUGCAGCUGUCCAGUCUGAAGACGGAGACGGAGAGGAUCCAGGCUCACAAGGACCAGCUGCAGGCUGAACUGGCGGCCUGCCGCACCGAACUGGAAGCCCUGCGGGUGGCGCUCUCUCACGUACAGAGCACCAACAAGGCUCUCAGCAAAGAUAAAGCGGCCUUCCACCAACAGUGUCUGGAGCUGCGAAGUCAAGUGAUCAGCCUGCGCUCCCAGGUCGACACCAGCCAGACUGUACAGAGGGACUUUGUCCAACUCUCGCAGUCGCUGCAGGUGAAGCUUGAGGUUAUUCGGCAGGCUGAGAGUUUGGAACAAGUCAGGGAAAUCCUGGAGGAGGGAGUCAGCGAAGCUGCUUCCUCACCUGCAGACGCCUCGUGAGGUUUUUUUUUUUCGAAAGUCACACUGGAACCAAAGACCAUGGACCAAGAUGAAAUAUUCCCAGACUGACCAAUAAGGACGAACUAACCACAGCUACAUUAAAUAUAGACAGUGUGGUAGAGUGACGGCUGGAGUCAUCACAGCCGGUGCUGCUAGCACAGUAUUACGACACUGGAGAUUCUCCCAAAACAGAGACGUGAUGUUUUUGUUUGUUUCAGAGUUUUUUCUUGUCAGUGACUUAUCGACUGUUGCUUAGUGACCAAAGUGAUAUGUGAUGAACUGUGAAUUCAUUGGUGACACUGUAUCUUGUCACACACUCCCCUUUUCACUAGUGACCUUUUUAUUUCUGCACUAAAAUAUGUGUAAAUAUGUUCUGUUUAUAAAACUGACAUAACUUCAACAAAAACACUCAACAGUGCAACACACAGCAUCUAAUAUGCAAACUACACACUUCCCUGUCACAUGGAAACAUUGCUUUUGGAAUCUUUGUGAAGAGAUGAGGACGUCUACAAGCACAGGAUCGCAGUGGAAUUAAAAUAGACUCUAAAUAAACUGCAAUUCAGAUAUGAUUUUUAUUAUA